AUGGCUGGCCGCACACGCGAGAUCCUCUUCAAGAUCUUCUACUCGUCCUCCUUCACCUUCGUUUUCCUCCUCCUAAUCGCCUUCUGCGGCGUCGCUCCCGCCGACAAACUCUACGAAUCAUGGUCGCGCCGGCGCAUAGUCGAUAUAAUCAUCAUCGCCGCCGCCUGGGUCCUCACCGCCCUCAUCGCCGCCUUCCUCUACUGCACGCGCCUAUACACUACUAGAAGUAUCCUUCGCGACAUUCCCAAGACGUUCUUGCCGAUCGAGCGGGAGGACUUGCCGGGGAGGAACACGUAUAGGUUGAUUCAGGAAACGUAUGCGCGGACGGCAGUGAUCGCGUAUCAGGCGAAGCCGAGGGGACGGAGGAUUGAGAAGGAAGUGGACGGGGCUGGGGAGAGGAUGUUGGCGUUGAGUGGGCAGAUGAAGGUGCAUCAUCAUCAUCAUACUCUGACGAAGGAGGAGGAGGCGUUGUUGAAGCCGAAGUGGGGGGAGAUCAAGCAUCCCGGGUGGCAGAGCCCGGCGAGCGAGGAGAUGCCCGGGUUGGAGUAUGCGCAGGUUGCGGAUGAGUUGGUGGAUUUGAUUGAGGCGAAGGCUGGUGUGGGAAUGCGGACUUAUCUGUCACGGCUGGCAGAGUUGGCUGUGCUACCUGAUGAUGAGCUGGUUGAGGACUUCCUAUUGGUGUACGAGCAUUCCAGGUACAGCGGAAAGCCCAUGACCGAAACCGACUUCCAGACCAUGAUGCGUCUCUUUGCUGAAAUACUGCGAGGUAUGCGCAAGCCGUCGGUAGACGACCUUGUGGACCUCGAAUCCGAUUUGGACGACGAUGACGAUAGCGGCAGCGUGCGGAAGCAAUCAAAGAAAGGCAAGGGCUCGGCCGAGUCGCGUGUGAACGGCAUAGUCCAGCCCGCCCUGAACAAGUCGUCCAGCACUCUUUCAUUCGGCUCCAAUAAUUCGGUCAUCCACAACCCUGUUCCAGACGAGCUCGCUUUCAAUGCUGCGCUCUGGCCGAAUGCUGCAACACAACCACUCCCAGCACCCUCGAGGGAACCAACGCACACUCGCGCCGACUCCGAUGCAAUCAAUGAACCACGAGCGAGCGCCGCCGUUUCGUACCGGAAAUACACGCAGCACUACCGCGAGCGGCCACGCCAGCUUCUACUCCGCAGCAAGCCUACAGAACUCGACGCACAGUCUCAGAAGCAGUGCAUCGGAAAGAAGUCAGGGAAGCGUGAUCAGGCUCGCGAGGCGGAUGCCGGGAAUCGAGAUGUUGGCAGUGGUACUGGAUUGCCAUAUGAGAUUAACGUCAGGGGGUUCGGCACGCGAUAG